CGACGCUGUCCGGCGCUGCGUGCCCUCAGCGGCCACGCGCGCCCCUUGUCCGCUCCCCCCAUCACCCUCCUCCUCGUCUUCCUCGACCACCGCCUCGCCGCCGCACUGGCCAGCACAACCCCCAGCCCACGAUGGGCGCCUGCGUGUCAUCGUCCUCCCAGCCCGUCGCCGACGUCCAGGCCAAGGAGCGCUCCGACGAAAUCGACAGCCAGAUCAAGGCCGACUCCGAGCGCCUCAAGAAGGAGUGCAAGAUCCUGCUGCUAGGCUCCGGCGAGUCGGGCAAGUCGACUAUCGUCAAGCAGAUGAAGAUAAUCCACAAGAACGGCUUCUCACCCCAGGAGCUCGCCUCCUUCCGCCCCACCGUCUACCGCAACGUGAUCGACUCGGCGCAGGCGGUCGCCCAGAUUAUCAAGAAGGCGAACCCGGAAUCGCCUAACCUUGCCCUACUGGAUAAGAUAAUCGACUACGACGCCAAUGGGAUAGUCACCCCCGACCUCGCAGACGCUAUCCGCCGCAUAACCAGCGACCCUGCUACGCCCAAGAUCAUCGACGAGCAUGCGAACGAGUUCUAUCUCAUGGAUAAUGCGGCGUACUUCUUUGAGAAUGUAGUCCGAAUAGGCGCGGAGAAGUAUCUACCCACGGAGACGGACAUUCUCCGUGCGCGAGUCAAGACUACCAGCAUCAGCGAGACGCGCUUUGCGUGUGGGCCUCUGACCAUUCACAUGUUCGACGUCGGCGGGCAGCGCUCGGAGCGCAAAAAGUGGAUUCACUGCUUCGAGAGUGUCACCUCCAUCAUCUUUUGCACGGCGCUUAGCGAGUACGAUCAGGUUCUGCUGGAGGAGAAGAAUCAGAACCGCAUGGCCGAGUCGCUGACUCUCUUCGAGUCGGUCAUCAACUCGCGGUGGUUCCUACGGACUUCGAUCAUCCUGUUUCUCAACAAGACGGACGUGUUCAAGAUCAAGCUCCCCAAGGUGCCCCUCGACCGCUACUUCCCCGAGUACACGGGCGGGAACGACAUCAACAAGGCGGCGAAGUUCAUCUUGUGGAAGUUCAUGCAGGCGAAUCGGGCGAGGCUGAGCGUUUAUCCACACUUAACGCAGGCGACGGACACGAAGAACGUGCGACAUGUCUUCGCGGCGGUGAAGGAGACGAUACUACACAACGCUCUCAAGGACUCGGGCAUCUUAUAGCACGGGUGAUUUCUUAUCCACGCGGCGUAGCUUUUGCAAGCGAUCUGCGUGUGCGCGACGAGCUACUGCAGGUGGCUUACGCGCUCUCGUCCCUCCCUGCCCUGUGUACCAGACGCAGAGGCCUGGCUUCAAGCUCGCGCCGUCCCCGACCGCCAACGCUACGAGGACGCCAGGCCUCGUCGACACAUCGCCACCCACCUCAGGCGC